UUAGUUUUCAGUUUAUUUGCAUGUGGCGAACGUAACGGUUUAGAAAAGAAAAAAAAUCAGAGACGAAUACGCUAAACGCGACGCUAGUCAAUGUUAGGCGAAAGUGGAAAAUAUAUUUUAUUUGCGUAAAUUGCAUGAAUUUAUAAAAAAAAACGAAAAAUAAAAUUCAAUCAUAUCCCAACUCCCCUUCAUUUGCAAAAAAAAAUAAUAGAAACCAGGGGUUUUUGUGCAGAUUAUAGCAAAGUGAGGAGAGUGCUGGUGCAUGGCGCGCUAAAUACAGAUACAAAAGGCAAUAGCAUAAAUCAAAACAAACCCAUUUUCCGAAAUAGGAAAAAAAUAAACAUAAAUUGUUUGCAAAUUUGUGAAAAGUUUAUAUAAAGAAAAACUUGGCAUUUUCUUCUCCUGUGUCAUCGCCGCAUCGUGCGAUUUUCUCUCCAUCACAUCAAAAAAAAAAAAAAAAAACACACACCAGCCUGCACGGAAAAAAUGGCAUGCUCAACGAAAACGCUGAAAUUUUUCGCCAUCAAAUGGGAUGUAAUCUAUGCGAUCCUUUCGAUUGGUCUAAUCGUGCUUGGAUCGUUCAUAUUGUUCAAAAUUGGUCGGUUUGACACACUUGGCUACUCACUUGUUGGUAUGGGUAGUGUGGUAUUGCUUACCUCCAUUAUUGGAAUAGCAGGAGCAGCACGUGAGAAGAAUAAAGUCUUAAGAUUUUUUGCCAUAAUAGUCAUUGCUUUGGCCAUUGCCCAUGCCAUCAUUCUGGGUUUCUUCUGGGUAUUCAAAUCAUCAUUUUUGGUUAAGGCCGACAAAGCGUUCGACGAGGUAUGGCGUGAGCAGCCGACACCUAUAAAACCCGAUAAUGGCAGCCACAUUGCCAGCAUUGAGCGUUGGUUUGGCUGUUGCGGCAACAGUGGUGCCCAAGAUUAUCAUUUGCCCCCUCACAGUUGUUAUGAUUCCAAGACGGACAAACUGAAUUUGGAAGGCUGUCGCGAUAAAAUUGUGGAUUUCAUUUCAGACAGUUGGACAUGUUUGAAUAUUUUCAUUUUGAUUUUCGUUGUUAUUGAGCUAAUGUGUGCCAUUUUUUCAUUCGUCUUGGCCAACAGCAUAUUGAAUCGUUGGCGUCGUGCACAAUACUAUCCCAAGUAAAUGGUAAAUAGGUUCGCAUCUUCAUCAUUGCCACCUCGAGCGCAUUGGCCAUCAUGAGGAUCAACAUGGCGUGCUAUAAUCAUCAAUGAUGAGUGGAUGUGUUUUGUUUUAAGAUUUUUUUUCAUAAACAUUUUUUUUUUUUGGGAGAAUAGUAAAAUAUUAUCUCAAUCUCGAACGCAAACCAAAGAUAAGAAGUUUCAGUUUCAUUUUAACCGCAUUUGCAUACGAAUUUGCUACAGCAACUGCCACUGAUGUUGAAUGGAUUUCACUGGUACACUGUCGUCUCCAAGAUGUUUGAAAAGAAAUCAUCAAGAUAGUUUGCACACCUCAUCAUCUUCAAGAAGUCAUAUUUUUGGAAAGUUGAGAAAAACAAACAUGGAAUGCCGGAAUUGAAAAUUCGAUUCUAUGCCCAUGUAACUUAGCUUAGAGCGAAGAGGUGAAACGAUUAAAGCAUUGCCAUCAGAGGUUUUAUCUGAAGCGAUACCAUUUGUUUGUUGUUUAACUUUAAGCAAUUUAACAAAAAUCAAAAGAAUAAGGCAAUUGUUAACUAGUUAAGUUCUCUAUAUCUAUGCUAACUUUUUAAAUAACUAUGUCUUCUAUCAAAUACUCUUCAUCGAAAUGUUUCUAAUUUAAGAAUUUUAAUAUAAGUAAAUUAUCCGUAUUAACAAAUUAAAAAAAAAAAAUGAAAGCAAUUAAAAUCUGCCAAUGAGCUGGCUUGCAAACGAACGAAAUUUUCAAAAGUAGAAUUAGUAAAAUAUUUUUUAUAAUAAAAAAAAAAAUUAAUAAAAAGAGU